AUCGUCCCACUCAGGGAUUCGUUCCUGCUCACCCACAAGCGGCUAUUGCGAUUCAAUGUUUGGGUGAGAUAAUUCGCCGAUUACGAGUCAGAGAUGAUCCGGAUGACAUCAUUGCACACGGUGUAGAGUGUCUUACACGACUUGGUGCAGAAGAAGCGAUUGAUCAUGACAUCAUCACAUAUGAAGCUGCAGAUGUUGAUCCUCUCACUGCUCAUCGUCCCCCACGCCCUCAUCGUGGGAGGGGCGGUCCCACACGCGGAAGGCGAAUUGGCCGGGGUAACGUUCGGAUGGGGGAUGCUGGCACCCAUGAUGAUGCACAUCUGCAUUCUCAAUCCUCUCGUGCCAGUUCAUACCAUCCAUCUCCGGUGCAUCAACCACAUGUGUACUCCACACCCACCAGUCCAAAUAUUCCUAUAUUCGAUGCAGGACCUAGUUUUUUCCAUUCACCGGUGGAUUGGAUGAUCGACUUAUUUGGCUCUGAGACUGCAGGACCGAGCACCCAACCUGCUGUUGAGGUUAGGCCGAGAUGGGAGCCUCGCAGUCGUGAGACAGAUUCAGACGAAUCUGAGUAGUUGUAAUAAAUUAUAUCAUUGUAGCUAUAUUAAAUCUAUUAUAUAUGUUGUGGUUGAUAUUGAAUAUUUUAUCAGAUAAAA